AGCCCAUGCAUGCAUGCCCCGCUGCCCAGCGACGUAGAACAGACACAUGCACGAGAAUAAAUAUCAGAGAGAGAGAGAGAGAUAGAGCAAAGCAGAGCAAUGGAGUCCGACAUGGAGGUGAGCUUGGAUUUCUCUUGGGAGACGCCUAGCUUCUUCGAGCUCUGCGACGCAGAUAGCAUGCACCUUCCGGCUGAGGACUCUCUGUCAUGUCUGUACGAGGACUCGAUGAGCUCGCCGGAGGGCGCCAGCUCGGGGCUGACGAGGAGGUGGGCUGGCAGGAACAUGCUCAACGAGAGGGACAGGCGCAUGAGGCUCAACGAGAAGCUCUACGCCAUUCGCGGCGUCGUUCCAAACAUCACUAAGAUGAACAAGGCCUCCAUCAUCCAGGACGCCAUCGCCUACAUCGAGGAGCUGCAGGAGCAGGAGCGCCAGAUUCUCGCCGCCCCCGGAACCGACGGCGGCGCCGCCGUGGUCCAGGCGGAUUCGACCGUGGACGACGGCAUCGGCUCCCCGCCACGGAAGAUUAGGAGGACUACCUCCGCCUCCUCCAUCUGUUCCCCUGCCACCCAUCCCGUCCAAAUCCUCGAGCUAGAGGUGACGCAGGUGGCGGAGGAUCUGGCAGUGGUUAACGUGAGACAUAGAAAAGCGCAGGAGGCCAUGGCGAAGGUGUAUGGGGUGCUCGAGUCGCUCUGUCUCAAUGUCAUCACGGCAAGUGUGACCGUCGUGGCCGACAACAUUGUCCACAACAUGUUCAUCGAGACGGAUGGAAUUGAUUGUGCUCAAACGAUCAAGGAGAUGGUACAGUCUCACUCGGUCAUCUCAAUGUGAGAAGAAGAUCACUGAAGUCCAUGAAUCCCUGAUGAAGAUUAGAUGUUGAAAAGGAUGCACAAAUUGGCAGACCAAUUACCUACACCUGGUUCAAUUUCACUCUCAUACUAUAGUCAUCUUCAAAUAAUGUGACAACAGUUGAAACUAACUAUAUGGCUGAAGAAAUAGACGUGUUUUAUGGACUUAA